AUGAACGAAAUUCCAAAUUCUCAACAAUCACAUCCUGUAGAAACAUUUCAAGUUAGCACAAUGAAAAAUGAUCUCGUUGUGAUGCAGAAAACAAUCGAUAAACUAAGAAAUAACUUCGAAUUAGUUGUAACUGAUAUUCCAAGUCAAUUAUCGCAAAAAAUAAGCAUUAUAAAAGGAAAACAGAAGUCAGUUGCUUCAUUAGUAGAAAAUGAACGAUUCAAUUCCAACCAACAACGAUAUCAUGCUUUAAAUACACGAAUUAACACAUUACAGCAACGAGUUAAUAAGUUUGUUGAUACACAAGAGAAAAGAUCUAAUGACACAAGAUUCGAUAAAGCAUAUAAAUACGUCAGAGAAACAGUUACACAAAAAACAAAUGAAAUUCGAACAAAAAUCGCCGAAGAUGCAAAAAUCAGGAUUGAAUCAUACAAGAACAAAAACAAGAGUGUUGAAUCAACUGACAAAUUCGAAUUUCACUCUUCUUUGCAACCUUUACCUUCUGAACGCGAAACCUACUCUUCUGUUUAUCAAGAACAGAUAGAUAAUACUCCAUUAGUUUCAUACUUGAAUAAUACGCAAAAUAGGAUUGACAAAGCCUUAGAAAAUUGGAAAAUAAUAAAUGAACGAAAUCAGAAGCUUAAAUCUCUUACGGUACAAAUUGAUGAUGAUCUUUAUAACAAGAUAGAAUCAAAUCAUCAAGAAAUAGUUGAUUUAGAAGAAUCCUGUACAAAUCUUCAAGCAGAUUUGAAAAAUAAGUCAAAAUCCUCUGUUUCGGACGUUAUUGAGAAAAAGAAGACCAAGGAUGUUGCACAGAUUGUUACAAACAGCGAAUUUUCUCAAUGGGUUGCGAAUACUUCGCAUAAUCUUGCAAAUGUUUCAAAUGAUCUCAAGAUAUACAUAAAUAAAUGUGAUACAUCAUUAAAUGGUGUUCAGGAAAGAAUUGGACUACUUUCUAAAGAAAUCCAAGAUGUUUACGACAGAAUUAUUUUAAUUGACAAGGCAAUGAACGAUUACAAUGACCAACUAUCAGGUAAAGUUGAUCAGAAGAUAGAAAUACAUGAAUCUUCUAAGAAAGUUGACUUCAACGAAGUAAAUAAAGUUUUUCUUGAGUUUAAACAAGAACAUAUCAAUGCAAGGAAUAAGAUAAGAAAACAGAUCGAUGAAACAAAGAUGAAACUCAGCGAAGUUGAAGAACUUCUUCUCCAAAAUCCUUAUAUUUGA